AUGGCUCGCAGAGAGCCAGAGCGGCAUGACUCAAGUGGCACAUACCUUCUUGUCAUGGCCUGCUUCGUUGUGACAGCGAACGCAGCAACGCAGGGUUAUGACUCCUCUAUGAUGAAUGGCCUCCAGAUUUUGCCUUCUUACACCGACUAUUUUGGACUGACGACGACAACACUUGCUCUCAAUGUCGCCAUUGUCUUCGCUGGCUCUGUGAUAGCCAUGCCCAUUGCCGGCCCCAUCGCCGAUGUAUGGGGUCGUAAGUGGGGAAUUGCCAUUACUGCGAUCAUAUCUAUUAUCGGUGCUACCAUCCAAGGUGCUGCUGUCCAUGAGGCCAUGUUCUGUAUUGGCAGAUUGCUUGUCGGUGUUGCCAUUACGACAGGUUCUACGGCUGCUCCCGCUUACAUCUCCGAAGUCGCACAUCCCAGGAAUCGUGUCAUGCUUACUGGCCUUUACGGCACGAGUUGGUACAUCGGCAGCCUCAUUGCGGCCGGCGUUACGUACGGUAGCCAGUUCAUCACCACCACUUGGUCAUGGCGACUUCCCUCUCUUCUCCAAUUCAUCCCUUCAAUUCUAUGCCUUGCGCCCCUGCCGUUCAUACCGGAAAGCCCGCGUUGGCUUAUUUACAAGGAUAGACAUGAGGAAGCUCUAGCUAUUCUGACGAAAUAUCACGGCCAAGGCGAUCCAAACUCUACUGUCGUUGCUAUAGAGUACGCCGAGAUCUGUCAGACUCUAGAACAUGAAAAAGCAGUACAGAGUACCGACUGGAAGGCUUUGGUUAGGACUCGACCCAAUCGGUGGAGACUUGGUGUCACGGCGGCAGUUGCUUUCUUCUGCCAAGUCAGCGGAAACAACAUCAUCACGUACUAUCUUGGAGACGUUCUCACUGCUGCCGGAAUCACUGAGAUGCAAACUCAGCUAGCCAUCAACAUAGGACUGAGCGUAUUCAACCUUUUUACGUCAUCGCUUGGCGCUUGGCUGAGUGAUCGGGUUGGAAGGAGAAGGGGCUUCCUGUCCGUGACAAUCAUCAUGUCAUUGUUGCUAAUUAUUGUUGCUGCCUUGACCAAAGUUUACGGAGGCAACCCAACUCUCGCAUCAUCCGCCGCUCAAGUCGCCAUGAUCUUCCUUUUCUACGGCGCCUACUCAUUCGUCUGGACGCCUCUAGCCAUUCUAUACCCCGUAGAGGUACUCUCGUACUCUAUGAGGGCAAAUGGUCUUGCCUUCUAUAACGGUGUCUGCUAUGGAACCGCCUUCCUGAACACCUUUGCGAUUCCGUACGCUAUGCAGUGGUCAAGCUGGGGAUUCUAUCUUAUCACGGCUUUCUGGAACUUGGUUUUCGAAUGCGGGAUCAUUUAUUUCUAUUUCCCUGCCACAGAGGGAAAGAGUCUUGAGGAAAUUGAUGUUAUCUUUGAGGGGAUUAGGCAUACAGACUUGGACGUGACAAUAGCAGAUGUUCUCGAGGGCAAGGCUGUUGAUCUUGAGAUUGCAAAGGGGGAGUUAGUAGCUAAAGCCUGA